CGUCGCUCAUUUCUGCUCAGUCUGUCUGUGAGUCGUUUUUUCUCUGUUAGAGAUCAGUGGAAGCUAUCAUAUACUGAACUUAUUCAUCUUUAAUUUAAAAAAGAAAGAACCAAGUGGGAAAUCGAGUAAGAUGGGAAAAGUUCGAGGCGGAAUGAAAUGCGUUAAAUAUCUCCUUUUUAUAUUCAACUUAAUAUUUUGGAUGAUCGGCUCGUUGGUGUUGGCGGUUGGCCUGUGGUUGAGGUUUGACUCGAAAACCACAUCGCUGCUGAACCAAGAGGACGCUCCCACUGCCUUCUUCAUUGGCGUUUAUAUCCUGAUCGGCGCCGGGGGUCUGAUGAUGCUGGUGGGCUUCUUUGGAUGCUGUGGCGCCGUCCGCGAGUCCCAGUGCCUCCUAGGCUCUUUCUUUGCCAGUCUCCUGGUCAUCUUCGGCGCGGAGAUCGCCGCUGGUGUGUUCGGGUUUUUGAACAGGGACGUGAUAGUGCAGGAAAUUCAGGAGUUCCACAAGAAUGUUGUUCGAAAAACCAAUACGACCACACAGCUAUGUUGCAAUUUGUCUAAGAACUGCAAGGACCUCGAGGCCUGUAACACAGCCAUCGGCGCCUUCUUCCAGAACAACCUGUACAUCGUUGGCUACGUGGGGAUCGGCAUUGCUGGCGUCAUGAUCAUUGGCAUGAUCUUCAGCAUGGUCCUGUGCUGUGCGAUACGAAACAGCAGAGAGGUCUUCUAGACAUCUCCCUCCACCUACCCCCUCCCCUCGUUCCCGGAUCCCAACGGACGGAACCAUCACAAACGGCACCUGUUCAGCUGGGUCGCCCCACUGGAGUCGGAUGAAGGAUUUACGGGGGGGGGGGGGAGCACUCCCCGCUGCUUUAAAGCCCACGCAGGAAGUCCACCUGCCUAAUUUCAAUCCUCUGCAGUUUCACGACUUUCACGCCACUGUUAGUGUGGUGUCUUGGUCCCUUUUCCGUUCCACGUCGACUCCAGUAUGUUCCCAGCCUGAGAAAGGGGUCGUAACUCACUGUUACUUAUUAAUCCCCAGUCCUGGCCUGUUGCCCUCCUCAGCAUAGCCGGCCAUUUUCUAGUCUCUUCACCUGAGGCGUCUCUGCUAAACGUGUAAAGCUGUGCUGUGGUGAGGCUCAGUCUGCCUCUGUAAGCAGAGACUCACACUCAUGCAGAUGCUCUUUCUAAGCUGAAGUAUGACUGCUGUGUUAUUCCCGCAGUAAUAGCCCCAUACCAGCCUACUGACGCCCCCUUCAGAAAUGCAGCUGCCCUGCAGCCUGGCGUUUGAGAGUCACCCCCACCCCUGUGUCCACCUGGGAGUAUGGAAAAGCUUUUUGCCUGCAGCUGGCGUGUC